AUGUCGCAAACCGAAUUUAAUUGUAAUAAAUGUGAGUCAAAAGACACGGAGCGCAUGGUGCAAUGUGACUCCUGUGAUAAGUGGUUCCAUUUUGAAUGCGUUAGAGUAAAUAGUGACGUUGCAAAUAUGAGUUGGAAUUGCUCAUGUGGAAACUACCAGCCCGUCGUUAUUAAAAACAGCGCAUCCACCGCCGCUACACAAACGCUACCAUCCGUUAAUGCCACUGCCGAGUUCACCGCAGGUUUGCGACCACUUUCAGAUGUGCCCGGUCCAUCGUUAUGGGGUAAUACUGUGCAACCACCUAAUCAACAUAAUGCUGGCCCUGAAAAAGGUGCAUAUAAAAAAGCACAAACGCAACCAAUGCAACAACAGGGAAACAGCGAUAGAAAUCCAAAUGUGUCACAAAUUGCAGCAAGACAGGUGAUACCAAAGGAGUUGCCAAAUUUCGAUGGCAAUCCUGAAGACUGGCCCCUGUACAUCAGUAAUUAUAAAAAUAGCACAGAAAUAGCAGGCUACACUGAUGUUGAAAACUUAAUGCGUUUACAGUCGUGCCUUCGGGGUCGUGCCAAGGAACUGGUAAAAAGCAAAUUGCUAAUUCCAUCUAUGGUGAGUGAAAUUAUACAAACACUUGAAAUGUGUUUCGGUCGCCCAGAACAUAUUCUAGAUAGUAUGAUAGAGAAAGCAACGAAAAUCCCUCCACUUAAGGACAGGCUCGACAGCAUCAUCGAAUAUGCACUCACCAUACGAAAUAUUUGCUCAACUAUGGAGGCAUGUAAUUUAAUGGCUCAUUUAAAUAAUCCACUUCUGGUUAAAACUUUAGUUGAUAAAUUACCCAACAAUCAUAAGUUGAGUUGGGCUAUGCACAUAAAGGAUGACAUAGUUCCAGUGGUGAAAUCAUUCAGCGAUUGGAUAUACAAUAUAGCAGCCGCAGCUAGCCAAGUCGUGUCGCCCAUAGGUAGUAAAAAGACCGCAUCUGUAAACAAUCAUUCAGAGCAAGACCACAGCAACAAAUUAUUUUGUGUUUUUUGUAAAAGUGAGCAGCACAAAAUACAGAAUUGUGGUGAAUUCCAGUCCUUGAAUUUAGAUGCGAAGUGGAAAGUAGUAAACGAAAAUAAAUUGUGCCGCCAGUGUUUAAAUUCCCAUCGGCGUAAGUGUUUCUCAAAAAGGGUGUGUGAUAUCAGCAACUGUACGGCAAAACAUCAUCCUUUGUUACAUAAAUAUACAAUAUCAUCUAACCCUGUUGAAGUAGCAACUCAAGGGCGCAGUGGAAGUGUAAAUGCACACAACGACCGUAGUCAAGACAAACAGUGUUUCAGAAUUCUCCCAAUUCGUCUAUAUUGGAAUGGUGGCUCUUUGACGACGUUCGCAUUUUUAGAUGAAGGUUCAUCAGUGACCUUAAUAGAGCAAAGCCUUUUCGAUAAGUUAGGACUUACCGGCAAACAAGAACCUUUGGAGCUACGUUGGACUGGCGAUACAACUCGAUCUGAAAACAAUUCUUCUAUAAAUUUUGAUGAUAUAGUCAAGGACAACACAUAUCUGAAAGGUUUGCCUAUACAGUCAUAUACAAAUGCAAAACCGAUGGUUCUAAUUGGCCUUAACAAUUGGAGACUGGCUGUUCCUUUAAAAAUUAGAGAAGGCGGACGUACUCAGCCAAUUGCAACAAAGACUCGUCUGGGAUGGACUCUGCAAGGUAGUGGCGCAGAUUUAAAUACAUUUUCUACACUAAAUAUACACACAUGUGAGUGCGAUACUCAAUAUAGAAAUCUACACGAUGAAGUGGAGGAAUAUUUUGGCUUAGAUACUCCUCAAGAGAAAAACAUUUUGUCGUCGGAGAACAACAGAGCUAUGCAAAUUCUUGAAACUACCGCCAUUAAGAAGAAUCAACAGUUUGAAGUCGGUUUACUCUGGAAAGACGAAGUCCCACAAUUGCCAGAGAGUUAUGAAGUCGCUUGUCAUCGCCUAAAGUGUCUCCAAAAGAAAUUCAAUAAAGAUCCACAGUUCAAGCAGACUAUGCAAUCGGAAAUCGAUAAACUUAUUUCCAAAGGUUAUGCACGAAGGGUAUCAGAGGCAGAAAUGUUUUCUCAUGAAGGUCGUACCUGGUAUCUUCCAAUUUUUGUUGCCCUAAAUCCGAAUAAACCUGGUAAAGUUCGUCUAGUAUGGGAUGCAGCAGCAAAGUCGCAUAAUAAGUCUCUAAACGACUUUUUAAUUUGUGGUCCUGAUUUACUUACGUCACUUUUUAACAUUUUAAUUGAGUUUCGUGUGGGACAAGUAGCGAUUUGUGGUGAUAUAGCAGAAAUGUUUCAUCGUAUAAAUGUUAAGGACGAUGACAUGCAUGCCCAGCGAUUUUUGUGGUUCGAAAAUGGCAACAUUAUUCCACGACCAUGUGUUUAUGUAAUGAAGGCCCUGACCUUUGGUAUAAGCUGCGCACCCUGCAUCGCUCACUUUGUUGGAAAUAGAAACGCAAGUGAUUUUAAGAACAUGUACCCUCGCGCUGUGAAAUCGAUACAGUGCUAUCAUUAUAUGGACGAUUUUAUCGAUAGUGUGAACACCGAAGAAGAGGCGAAGGAACUGGCGAUUCAAGUUCGAAUGAUUCAUGCAGCUGCUGGGUUUCAUAUGAGAAACUGGGUUACUAAUUCCGCGCAAAUUUUCGAGGCUUCGAAGAGAUGUGUUCCAGCCGCAUGUGGUCCCUACUAA